AUGGAUACCAGUAUAGUGGAUGAAGCCUCCUCUCCAUCCUCUUCAUCCUGCUCCUCAAAUGAUGAGAUGUAUGAUGUGUUCUUGAGCUUUAUCGGCGUAGACUCACGCAAGACCUUCACGGACCACCUCUACUGGACAUUGAAAGACGCUAGAGUCGACGUCUUUAUUGCUGAGAAUAAACUAAGAGGACCAAAACUGAUGCAAGCAAUUGAACAAUCCAGAAUCGCUGUCAUCAUCUUCUCAAGUUGGUAUGUAUUUUCCAUAGGGUGUCUUCGGGAGCUGGAGAAGAUCAUGGAGUGUAGAAGAACAUUAGGGCAAAUGGUUUUGCCAAUUUUCUAUCAUGCUGAUCCUAAAGAUGUCGGGAGACAAAUCGAUAGUUUUCCAGUGCACGACCGUGGAGUUAAAGUUUGGGAAGAAAUGAUGCGGUCAUGGAGAAAGUCUCUAAUUGAAGCUACAAAUUUGUGCGGCCUUGUUUAUACGAAGAGUGAUGGGUAUGAAGGAAUGUUUAUCAGAAAAAUUGUUGACGAGAUCACCAGAAAACUGAAGAGCACAUGCGUAGACGUAGUCACCAAACAAAUGUUGGAGGCCCAAAUGAUACACGCAUUCGACUCCGAGGCAAACGGCCCUCCCCUCUCAAAGUCAACAAAGAGUGGGUCAAGACAAAGAAGCAUCACUUUCCAGGCGCCGAUUUCGCAGCACGGAUUGAAAGCGUACGGGAUUGGGAUAUUGGACUGGGAGAAGGAGGAGGCGACGAGUUUGAAGCGGGGUGAGAUGAUCGAUCGAAAACUGAUUAGAUCAAGACCAAACGAAAUCCCAAAACACCAAGGUGGUCUUGGCAGCCAUGGGAGGCUUGGAAAUUGGAAGGUCGCUUGUGUUCUUGAUGGGUUUCAGCUUCGUAUCUGA